UGCACAUCAGUUGCCCAUUAGUCCACCAGUAGAUGGCCCCUUUUCUAGGCAAUGUACCAAAUCUAAAUGAAUUAUGUCCUUCCACUUUCGUUUGAUUUUCAUUUCACACUCAUAUGAACAACAAAACGCACAUGUAGUGACUGAAUCUCAUAUGAGCAAAAGCUUCGAUUCGGUAAACCAGUUUUUCACCAGCGCUUUUAAGUUUUGUUUGUCCACCAAUCAAAGCGCUUCUUUCUGCCGCGCACAUCCAAUAGGAGUCUCUCUCCUGAGAUAGUCACAGAUCCCAUAAAAUAAAUCAGUCUCAGCCAGCGAUAGUGUCCUGCUCGAGCCAGGCCAGCAGCGCUGUGAAAGUGCAGACAUGUCGGAAUUUCUGGAAGACCCGUCCGUGCUCACCAAAGAUAAGCUGAAAUGUGCACUGAUGACCCAUAAUGUGGUUCUGCCGAACGGUGACCAGAGGAAAGACGUGUUCGUACAGCUGUACUUGAAGAAUCUGACCUCGCAAAAUAAAAAAAGCAGCGGCUCUCCAGAUGUCUUCUCCAGUGACGAGGAAUUGCCACCAACCCCCGUGAUCUCCAACAAGAGCCGCUCCGGCAGGAAAGCCACCAGGAAAACAGACAAAGUUCGACCAGAAGAUAUCGAUGUCACUGAAUUGACCAAUGAGGGUUUGAAAGACCUGUUACUGAAGUAUGGUUUGAACGCAGGACCCAUUGUUGCAUCCACCCGUAAGAUCUAUGAAAAGAGGCUUCAAAAAUGUUUGGAUCUGGGCCUUCCUGAAAAGGUGGCCCCUCCCUCAGACCUAUCACCGGUAGAUGGCAACCAUAAUGGCAACACAGACACGGACCAGUACAGUGACAAGGAGGAAGAAACUAUAGCACCAGUCCCUGUGUCUGUGCCCGAACCAGAACCAGAAGUGGAGGCCGAGCCCAUUCCAGUUGUGGAGAGGCCUGUCAGGAGCAGAGAGAAAAUACAAGUGACCACCAGAACACGCAGUAGCCAGCACAACAGGGUUGAAAAGGUUUCUGCCAUUGAUCAGACCCCAAGGACCGUAGAGAGAGAUGUUCUUGAAGAUAUCUUUCCCAAUGAAAACCUCAACACUCCCACAGGAAUCAGUGCCACCUGUCGGAGACCAAUCAGAGGAGCAGCUGGCCGGCCUGUAGUUGAUACAAAGCUGGACGAAUCCCGUUUCCGUCUUAAGGAGCUCAGAGAAACCAGCACCUCUUACACAGAGACCCGGUCCGUUCCAUGGGCGGCAACUGUCCCUUUAAACGCUUCCAAGCCUCUGGCACCCCCAGCUGUGAAGACCAGAGCACAUCGUGGCCUGCCAGUGUGGGUGCAGCUUGUGCUGCUCAGUGCGGUCGCUGCAUUCCUGUUCUUUGUCUACCAGGCCAUGGAGACUAAUGAGGUUGGACUCUUCAAGCAAAGUGGAGCAGAUGAUUGCACCAGCAAGUGAACAUCGUACAAAUCAUCCUCUCUCUCUUUAUCAUUCUCAGCCAGUAUGACACUUUGUUGGCUCAGCUUUGUUGACCCAUUAAAAUCAUGGACCUUUCGAUGCCAAUGCUUCAGCAUCAUGUUCUGUGUUCCUGCCCUCUGCCAACUGAAUUGUUUGAGAGGAAGAAAACAUGGUUUUAAUUUUAAGAAAUAGGAGCCUCUUAUGGUUUCUGAGUGAGUGAGUGAGUGAGUGAGUGAGUGAGUGAGUGAGUGAGUGAAUUUGUAUUUUAUUUUACAAGUUACUGUUGGUGCUGUCAAUGAGUAGAAGUCAAAGUGUUGAAGAUGAGUUGGCUAUUUACCUUUUUUGUUUUCUUUGUUAACAUAAUUUAGUGUCUACUUGUGACUUAUAUGCAUUUAUUUUCACAUGUAACUCUUAAAAGAUGCUGUAUUCAUCUUAACAUUGAUGCCUCUUGUAGUAUUUAUGUAUCUGUUGUUGAAAUACAAAUAUUUUCAAUAAACUGUAUUUGCAAUGUAUUCUUAAAGAUGAGAUAAAUCGUCGUUUCAGGAUCUUGGGUGUAGAGUUACAGGUAGUUUAUGAACCCUAAAAUGUCAGCAAU